AUGACAAAAAGAAAAUCAACUACUGAUGAAUUAGGCUUGGCUUUAAUUAAUAAAAAACCGAAAAAUGAUGUUGCACUUAUAUCUUCCCGUGAAAAAACGGUUAUUCCAGCGGGAGUUGAUAGAACUUCAAGUUUAAUGUCUCCUAUAAUGCUUAUGGAAGGACAUUUAGGGGAAAUAUUCACCGUUGGUUUCCAUCCGGAGGGGCAGUACCUGGCAUCAGCCGGCUUUGACAGGCAAAUUUUUUUAUGGAAUGUAUAUGGAGAAUGUGAAAAUAUUUCUUUGAUGCUUGGACACAGUGGUGCAAUAAUGGAAUUGCACUUUUCAACAGAUGGAAAUUCAAUUUUUACUGCCAGUACCGACCAGACUGUUGGAAUUUGGGAUAUCGAGUCAGGAACAAGAAUUAAAAGACUUAAGGGUCACACAAGCUUUGUCAACUCAUGCCAAUCAGCUCGAAGAGGUCCCACUCAAAUCGUAAGCGGCUCAGAUGAUUGUUCUAUAAAAGUUUGGGAUCCCAGAAAAAAAGGUCAAUGUGUGACACUAAAUAAUAUAUAUCAAGUAACAUCUGUUACAUUCAAUGAUACAGCAGAACAAGUUAUAUCUGGUGGUAUUGAUAAUGACUUAAAGGUGUGGGAUUUAAGAAAAAAUUCAAUUUUAUAUGAACUUAAAGGUCACACUGAUACAAUAACUGGAAUUUCACUAUCGCCAGAUGGUUCUUAUAUAUUAUCAAAUGCCAUGGACAAUUCCCUUAGAAUUUGGGAUGUAAGAGCUUUUGCUCCACAAGAAAGAUGUGUCAAAAUUUUUACAGGACAUCAGCAUAAUUUUGAAAAGAAUUUGCUUCGAUGUUGCUGGUCCCCAGAUGGGUCAAAAAUAUCUGCAGGUUCUGCAGAUCGUUUUGUUUACAUUUGGGAUACAACUUCUAGAAGAAUUUUAUAUAAAUUGCCAGGGCACAAUGGAAGUGUGAACGAUGUUAAAUUUCAUCCCAAAGAACCAAUAAUUUUAUCCUGUUCUAGUGAUAAACAAUUAUACAUGGGAGAAAUUGAAGCAUAA